CGUUAUCUCAGACCUGGGGGAAGGGAGGGAAAGGAAAAAUAUAGUGAGUUAGCGAGUGAGUGAGUGCGCGUACAUCGGGAUAGUUGCGACUAGGAAUGGCUCCAGCUGCAUAACGAACAAGGGGCCAGGUUAUGUUUAUCUUACAGAUGCGUACAGCGGCUUUUUGGAGGUGGAAACCGGUCAAUUCUAGAGGCUUGGAGCUGCGAGCUUGUGUCGAACCGGAUUUACUUGGAGCGUAGUGCGGGCUCGUUGCGCAGUCAUGCAGGAGCUGAUGUAAAGGGAUCUGGUUAUUUUCUACGCGCUUGGUUGCCAGGAAGUGCGCAUUGUGGGAUUUCUUUGAGUGAAAGUAAAAGGGGGAAAACAAAAAAAGGAAGCUCCGGACGAUGUGGCGGUAGUUAUGUUGGAUUUCCGUAUUUGUUGAGGUGGAUGGGGGAGGUAGGUAUCUGGAUAUGCUUAGAGUUGAAUGAGUGCCCCUUGAAUCAUUUUGGCAGUUCUGCCUCGAGAGAUUCACAGUCAAAGCAAAGCAAGAAGGUGUACCGAUCGACGAGGAGAGAGUGUCGGAGCGGGUGCUGCUAGUGGGGGAGAGCGAGCCGAAUGAGGUGAAGAGAAGGGCAAGAGGCAGAGUUUUAGUAGGAUCUGGAUAUUCGUUUUGUUCCGGGCUGUUGCUCUGAAAGGUCGCAAGGAGAGGGAACACGGCACCAGCAAGGUCGGUGAGCGGAGGUUAGAUAGACACGCCAGGAGAAUGCGAGUGUUUGUUUUGGCGGGCGAGGUCUGGAGUUAGGCAUAGUCAGAACAGGGGUAUCGUCCUUCAAGGAGGAAGGGUUAUUAGAUUCCCUGAGGGUAGGGAGGAGGUAAUUUCCAGCAUACAGGGAUGUAAGCCCAAAGCAGGAAAUUUGCGGGAGCUUUAAGGACUUGUCUUCUAAAGGGCGCAUGCUUCCUGAAUAAAGCAGAAGUUUGCACAACGAUUCAGGGUAGUUGAGGAGGUUCAGGAGUCUGAUUCAUUGUACACGCUAAGAAGCUGCCUGUAACAUUGGCCCUCUCUUACCUGACCGCCGGUAGCAACCAAGUUCUCGAGGUCUGGACCUUGCACGCGAAACAAUUUGGUUGACAAUACUGGAAGGCCUCGUGUAAUUCUUAACUGGAGAUGUUCGCCUUUUGGCGUUCGUCUUCGUCAAGAGUAUCUUUUAUCUGCCGCAUCGCAACUUUGGUGUUUGAGAUAGUCACCUAUCUUUAAACAGCAAGGUCAGCUUUCCUUUGUUAACAAUGGACUAUCACACAGCUAUGGACGCACGGGACUUGAGAUCUAGGAGCUGCGAAGGGUGUGGAGGGGUGCACUGCUCUCUUUUUCCCGCAAUGCCAAUGUCUGCAUCACUCGCAAACUGUGAUAUGGAGGCUCUUGUGCAGCCGUCCCCUGAGCAGGUCGAAGCUUAUGAGCUCUACUUGCAUCUACCUGAGCUCACUCGGCUAUGGCGGACGAAGCUUUAUCCGAUGUGGAAAAAUGAGAUCAUUGUAAGACCUGCUCUUCACAGUUUAGAACUCGUCUUUCGUAUGAUUUCAGUUGUUCUAUGCGACACGAGGCCAUACAUAGACCGCGACGAGUGGCUUCGGAGAUUGGAAUCACUAGCAAACUUGCAGUUGGAAAUUCUAUCUUGCAUCGUAGAAGGUGAUGAUAAAGCUCCUACAUCGAAGCUCUCUAGUAGCAGUAGCUACGUUGGAGCCGAGUCAGUGGUGUGGCACAAGUCUGGAUCACGGCCUGUUGUGAGCAGAGUGAGCAAAGAGAGCUUGCUGCCUCGUCUUGCAUCCUGGAGGACGGCGCAAAACGUUAGCACUCGGAUGCAUUUCGCCAUUGAAGGUCACCUUAUACGCGCACCAUUCACUCUGGGACUUGGCGAACUCAAUCUUUCUGGCAAGCCGGUGUUGGAGUAUGAUAAAAUUUGCACACCUCUAGAGGUUUAUGCCUGUAGACAAUCCAUGCCUGGACAUCCUGAGGAUCACACUCUUUCGACUGUACACCAAAUAAUGGAGGCAUGGUUGGAGGUAGCUUCUGGUUUGCUGCGGAACGUGGAAAUGAUGGUCAAGAAAGGGAACUUCGAAUCAGCUGCCAAGAGCUGCAGAAUCGUCGAGCGUGUGUGGAAGCUUCUCAUCUCCACUAUGGAUUUGCUCCAAAUAAUGGAUCCAGACGAUUUUAUGCGCUUAAAGGAGGAACUUGCGAUUUCCCAAGACGGAAAAGCUAUCAGCACUGAACACAUUGGUGGAGGUGCGUACUGUUUGCGGUCCUCGAGAUUACGACAAGUUACCAAGGAUUGCAAGGAGCUUAGGCACCUAGUUCCCAAGGUCGUCGGAGUUGAAGCUGAUCCCAAAGGUGGUCCAAGGCUUCAAGAGGCUGUAAUGGACUUACUUCACUCCCAUGGAAUGUGCGCUCAUAUAGUGCCGCCGUUCAAGCGCCCCAUGGCUUAUCACUCGUCCACAAUCCAUCUGCUUCAAGCUUUUCAGGCGGUUGAGGCGGCAAUUCGACAAUUCUACUUUUCAUAUCAGCAACUAGUGAUUGCUGUGAUGGGAAGUGGAGAGUACAAAGCCACAGCGCAGACAGAAAUAUCUGCUGCGGAUGCGUUAGCUCAGAUUUAUUUCGAGCCACCUUACUUCCCAAGUCUGGACGGUGCAAAGACGUUUCUCGGUAGUUACUGGCAUAAUAAUCCAGAACUUGAAGAAGGUGCUAUCAUGAGACAACUCAUGGUUGAGAAAGCCAUGCGUACAGGAAGCUUCAGCAAAGCCUCAAGUGUUGCAAAUAGUGACAGCGGCGACAAUAUUAAGAACGGCGCAGAUGAAGAGCGAACACAAAGGAAUAUGUCAGAAUCUAUAGAGAAGCAGUAUGUGAACGCUGCUCUUGCUUACAAAAAUCAUCACGUGUAUCAAGGAGCCAUGGGGGCUUGACAGUGCCGAAAUCAUUACUAUCAUGAAAUUGUUAGCUGUUCCUCUACAAAGACGGAGGAUGUUCUUAUAGUUGUAGUCAUACAUGGGAUGGUGAUAAUCCUCACUCUUAGGGUUGAUGCCUCGCCAUUCAAGAGGUGGAUGUUACCUUUAACCCUUCCUACCGCACAUACAUGCCCACAGACUUGUGGAAAAGGGGAUUGUGCCGAUGAUUAGUACUUCCCACCCUGGUGAUGUGGAUGAAAAACGCUAUGAAAUCCUAAAGAAUUGAAAGAGUAGAGAACUUGUCUUUGAUAGCUCUAGUUUAAUUAGGAAGACAGAUGGUCGGUAGUGAAGAUGCAUUGUCACGGGAUUUGAGUGUUACAGUACUCUCCUCUCAAGAAGACAUAGCUUGUCGUUUUGUUUGCUCAUCAUUGUGGUAGAAAUGUACAUCACAUUAUCAUGGCGUGUCGACCUUUUUGUGUAUAUUGGUCCUAGUGUAGCCAAUCUAUAAGAUUAUGGUGCCAAGCACAGACACUGAUCCUCAUAUUAUUUUUUUACUUAACUAAGAACUUUUUUCUGUUUUUUCUAACUCA